UUAAUUAGUUGUAACUUUGAGGCAUUAUAAUCGAAGCUAGUAUAAUUAAUGAGUUAUUACAUUAUGAAUAAUCAUACAUGUGUAAUAAAAAAAUAGAAUUAAGCACUUAAAAUUAAAUUAAAAAUAAAACAAACACAUAUCAACAAAACACAAAAAAGAUUAAAAAGGACAUAAGCUCAUUAUGUUAUACACUUAUACUGAUACUUAUAUAAAGUAUCACUUAAUCUUAAUUAACAAAUAAUGUAAUUUGACUGUAUUAAAAAAAAAAAAAAAAAGGUAGUUCACAGAUUAGGUAGCUAAUUACCCCAAACAAAAACAACUCACAAACACUAAUCCCCCUCACAAAUCCCAAAAAAUUGAUUAGGCGCCACUUUCUUUUUUAAUUAGCCGCCUCUUAUUAAAUAAUUUACCAAAACCACAAAAUUCUCUUCAAAAAUCAGAAACCUUCGCACUAAUUUUUUUUUUCAGAAACCUUGUUUGCUUAAGAAUCAAAACCGUUCUUUCGAAAGACCCUAAUUCGAAGAUUCGUCUAACGCUCAGAAGAUCAAUUCUUGGACAAAAUUUCAAGUGAAUAUGAAGAGUCCACAUCAAACAAAAAUUUAGUUGAUUGGUUUCGUGACCGGGUCAUCGAUUUGCCUAAUGAUUGCAAUGACCAAGUGGUGAAAGAUUUGAAAACAUUGGCUUUAGGUCCUUUGAAUUGGUUCAAUGCUUCAAUGGGAUUCUUGCAAAUGGAUUCAGAUUCCACACAAAGAAUACAGAAAUGAAAAGGGUACACCAAAAUAGUGGUGUUACAGUGAAAGACAUUGCUAGGAAUAUGGAAAAAGAUUACUACAGGAUUCUCACUAACAUACUUGAGAUACAAUAUUUAGAUGGAAAGCGUGUGGUUUUGUUUCAUUGUGAUUGGUGGGAUGUCAAUAGGGUAGGAAGAGGUGUCAAAGUUGACAAACAUGGCAAUGUGAGUGUCAAUAGUCUUUGUUCAUUGCGUACCAAAGAACCCUUUGUGCUCAUGUCUCAAGCUCAACAAGUCUUCUAUGUUAGUGACGGACUUGAUCCCGAUUGGCUUGUUGUUGUGAAGACCCACCCAAGGCAUCACUAUAAUUUUGUAGAAAAGGAAGGGACUGAAAGUGAAGAAGAUGCAUUGCAACAACUACAAUCUGAAGGUGCUCAUAUCUCAAGCUCAAGUAAUUUGCAAGAGACUUAUGAUCCAUUUGUUGAAAUAAGAGAUGAUAUUGGUGAAAUGAUUGUAGAUGCUACCAAGGAAAAUCAACCCAAAGAUCUAAAUGAUAUGGACUUACAAACAUUAGAUGACGACGAUUUGCUAGAGGAUGAUGAUGAGGAUGCCAGUGAGAGUGACCAAGAGAGCGACGAUGAUGAUAUUGAUAUUGCUUAAUUUUUUUUUUCUUUUUGUUUUUUUUAGCAUGAAUUGUAUGUGUUGAUACAUAUAUUCAUGGAUUCCUGAAAAACCUUUGUAGUUAUAAUUACUUAUUUUUUCACACUUUGCAAUCGUGUUUUUAUUGGCUUAUUUGAAUAGAUAUAUGUCAGGAUUUUUUGUUUUAUGCACAGUUAUUGGUAAAUGGCUUGUAGUAUUUGACAGUAAUUGUACACCAUGUGUAUAGUAGCUGGCAGCAGCUUUGCAUUAGGGAUGCAGUGGAUGGUAGUAAAUUAGAUUUAGGCACUCAAUGUGCAUUAAAAUUCUAUUGUAAAAUUGUCUAACCCUAUUUGUUUUUUACUUUGUAA